CGAGCUUUCCACAGCCAGUGGCCACCCCUAGCUUUAGACGUCCAGCAAAAUGUACAUACUGCUCAUUCCAGCGAAGAACUCCAGUUUUACAGGCAAACCUGGCAAUCCAAAAGCGCAUCAUGAUCUCCUCUGAUGGUGCAUUGUAGUUUAGCGUGUGGGCACGAAGAGCAAAGUGCAAGCGCCACUGCGCGCGAUGGAGAACUUUCCGAAAGAGGCGACUUUCUGGCCGCUGAACAGAUCGUGGAGUGAGUCGAGUAAUGGAAACCAAAGUAUAGCUGCAAACCGAACCGUGAAUCCUCUGAAACGCAACGAGGAGGUGGCAAAAGUUGAAGUGGCAGUGUUGUUUGUGGUGCUGCUGCUCGCGCUGGCCGGUAAUCUGUGCGUACUGGGGGCGCUUCACUCGAGCAAACGCGCGCGCUCGCGCAUGCAUUUCUUCAUGAUGCACCUGAGCAUCGCGGAUCUGGUGGUGGCCAUCUUCCAGGUGCUGCCGCAACUCAUCUGGGACAUCACAUUCCGCUUCUAUGGACCAGACUUCUUGUGCCGCUUGGUGAAGUAUUUGCAGGUGGUGGGGAUGUUUGCCUCCACCUACCUGCUUGUGCUGAUGUCCGUGGACAGGUGCUUUGCAGUGUGCCAGCCUCUCCGCUCACUGCAGCGCAGGAAGGACCGUGACUACGUUCUUGGGUCGUGGCUCCUGAGCCUGCUGCUCAGUCUCCCACAAACAUACAUCUUCUCUCUUAAAGAGGUGGCCCCAGGGGUCUAUGACUGCUGGGGCGACUUUGUGAAGCCAUGGGGGGCAAAAGCCUACAUAACAUGGAUAAGCCUUGCUAUCUACAUCAUACCUGUUACCAUUCUGAGUGUGUGUUAUGGCCUCACAAGUUUUAAGAUAUGGCAAAACUUCAAACUGAAGAGCAGAAGGGAUCAGCCUCUAAGACUGUCUCGGGAGCUGGCCGAUGGUGCAGCACUUUCACGAGUCAGCAGUGUGAAACUCAUCUCUGAGGCGAAAAUCAGGACAGUGAAAAUGACAUUUGUUGUCGUCUUGGCCUACAUUGUGUGCUGGACGCCAUUCUUCUUCGUGCAGAUGUGGUCAGCUUGGGAUCCUAUGGCACCGAGAGAGGAAAUGGCAUUCAUUAUUGCCAUGCUGCUGGCUAGCCUGAACAGUUGCUGUAACCCCUGGAUCUACAUGUUCUUUGCUGGCCACCUGUUCCGUGACCUGAUGCAAGACUGUCUGACAACAUUACGGUGUAACUGUGUGCGGCAGCAGAGUCCUAACAGCCAUUCAGCAGGAAUAGUGAUGAAGGACACUGGCAGCCAGAGGAGCCUCACACAAACAUCGAUUACGUAACAUACCAGACUGCAAGGAAGACAAGACACAUAACGACAAAGUCUCUGCAAACCAUUGCUGCAAAUGGGGAAAACACAAACAAAUGGUUGACUUACAGAGGCUCUGUACUGGUCUGGACUUUAUUAACUUGUACUAUGAGAAAAGUUAUUCAUAUGGACAGAUGCAAUCAUUAAAGACCUGAUAAUAAUAAAGCUAGGGGGCAUGGUGGUUAGUGGUUAGCAUGUUUGCCUUGGGUAGGGGCUCAAAUCCUGUCUCCGCCCUCUGAGUACCUGGAAUUUGUUCUCCUUGUGCUUCUGAGGUUUCCUCUGUGUACUCCGGUUUCCUCCCCUAGUCCAAAGACAUACAUGCUAGGUUGAUUAGCAUUUCCAAAUUGUCCGUGGUGUUCGAUUGUGUGCUGCGAUGGAUUGGCACCAAAUCCAGGGUGUCCCCUACCUUGUGCCCCGAGUUCCCUGGGAUAGGCUCCAGACCUUCCCAUGACCCUGUGUAGGAUAAGCAGUUUGGAAAAUGGAUGGAUAAAGCUCAGGGCCAGUGUGUUAAAAAUACAGAUUACAAUUUAAUUCUCUACAUA